CAAAGCUUUGUUGCGGUUUGGUGUGUCUUUUAUUUUUACAUAGAACUCAUAUCGAUCCGAUAUGCCGCGUCCGAGAAUGGAUUUUGCGACUAAUAAGUGGCGAGGCACCACGCGAGCAAGAAUGAACAGCCCUGGAGGUUAUGGGCACUGCUCAAUUGGCUCAUUGCUCGGUGCUUCUCGAAGGCCUGGUCAAGGAGGGGUUGCUCAGUGAACUACUAGUUUGAGUUGCCUGAGACGGACACCACUGACAUCACCUAGAGUGCCGAGGUACAGGCUUAAUGGCAGAUAUCAAUAGGAGAUGAUGCCACCGAGUUGACUUGGAUGUCAGCGCCUGUUGCCAUCAGAACCUGGUUCUUGUGCUGCCACAUCAUUUUUGGUGGUGGCGCUGUCGUCACCUCCGAACGCUUGCGCUCCCCGAGUUCCCAUUCAAGAUGGUGCUGCCACGGACUUUGGCUCGUGGGGGUGGCGUCGCUACUGACAAAGCCUGUGCUCCCCGUCGUCCCUGUUGGAAUGGUGGCUGGAACUUGGAGAGGGUUUGCUGCCACGGCCGGAUCUAGUGUUACAUUCCUGUGGCUUUUUGGUUGUUUCCCAAUUAUUGAAGGGAGUUGCAGGCUUAUCAUGGGCGACACAGUGCUUUGCUCGCACCUUCACGGAGUACAGCAAUGUGGGGAAGGAAGUCGAGGACAGCCUCUCUCGAUUUCUGUCCCGGGGGCGCUAUGCUCUUCCAGGACCGGUUUCCGUGAACAUAACAGCCGAGAAAACAUCUGACACCUUACAGACAUGUCAGGAAGCAAGGAAAGGUUAUUUUUUCACUCAUCGUUUACAUUUGGGUGAUUAACUUAGUCUUGAAAAAAAACACGUCAUUUUAAUGACAUUGUGAUAAAUAAAUUCUGGGUCUUUAAA